UUGCAGUAUUAUUCUUACGCUCAUUUUAGCUCCCAUACCGGAACCCCGCAACCAUGCAUUCUAUUCUUUGUACCUGAUGGCCACAAGAAGGAACUUCCAACGGCUUUAAAAAGGAAGGAAAUCAAAUCAAAGGCAUCGAUUAGCCCAAGCGUUUCGAGUGCUGCCACCGAAAAGAUUGUGAAUGCAGAGGACUUACUGCAGAAGAUCAAGGAAGUGGGUGAUGAAAUACGUGCGUUGAAAAAUUCUAAAGCGAGCAAGGCGCAUGAAUCGAUGGCAUCGACCGAUAUUGCUGUAAUCUUGACCGAAAUCAAGGCACAAGGCGACAAGGUUCGUGAACUGAAGUCAAAGAACAUUGGAAAGGUAUAUUUACUGUCAUCGGGUUAUUGUAAGUUUUAGCG